AAAUGAUCAUAAUAUCAUAAAAAAACAAAAAUGCUUCAAAAACAUCUCUGGAACCGUCAAUACGUAGUUUAGAUGUUAUAAAAACUAUCUCGAAGUUAAAAUUAGAUUGGUAUAUGCCAAAAAUUUGAUGCGAUAUUGAUCCGAAUUUGAUGGCUUACCGUAUACAAAAUGAUUUUUUGCGCCUGUGAAGCAAAUGUUUUAUUUAUAAAGAAGAUGUUGCGCCUGGAAAAACUUGCGAAUGACAAGGGGGUCAAAAUAUACCAGUGUAAGAAAAUGUGGUGUGCCAAAAGCUUGUUAAGGGAGAGCUUUAAAAGUGACAACCAAACACACAGAAGAAGGAAUCAACAAGAUCCCGAUAGUUCAGACUCUAUCAAUGACGCUUUCGAAGAUAUGGGUCGCGAUGCGUCCGCCAUCAUAGCAGACGUGCUCCUUCAAAUAACGAUGGUAAGGGUAUGUAGCCCCUUCAAAAUAACGGAAGGUGUGAACAAGUAUGUUCGAAUUGGAUAAAAAUUUAGCCUAUUUUCGUUAUUUUGAUCAAACUAAAGCACGUCUGUAUAAUAUAACCAUUUUCCAUGGAUAAUGGUUCUCAUCAAUAGACGGUUCUAUCUUUACAGACUAUUUAUUCUGUGUACCUUUCACUCAAACGAGGACAUUUUAGGAACACCACCGGUCAAAUAAUUAUCGACAUCAGAACUUAAGGCUGAGUGUUAAAAGUGUCAAAGAUAAGCUAAAGUAACAUCCAAGCAUUAUAAUGGUAUAUCUUAUUGCCAUGUAUACAACCACAAACCUAAAUAAAAAGGUUAAAGUUAUAUCAAACCCUCCUAUACACCACUGAAAUAUAAAUAAACAAUCCAAUAAAACGUGCUUUACUGCC